CAAAGUGAUCAUGAUGAGACCACUAAGUCUUGAUAUCUCAAUGACCUUGGGUACAAGAUGUAUGCCUCAGAAGACAAAAAAUGUAUUUGACCUCAUGAGCAGCUAUUGAGAAAAGAAUAGCAAGUCGAAACAUAAGAUUACUGUGAUUUCCUAUGGUCAGGAACAGAGUAACUAACUAUACUUGAACGGUCCCACACGUGAAGCCUCGGAGCCACUUAUUUCCGCAGGCCCGCGUCGCGGGAAGUAAAGGUGGUCAGUCCGAUCGUCAACAUCGUCAACAUCGUCAACAUCGCGGGGUUCAACGCCUUCUAAUCUCCUCCGUUAUGCUCUGCUGAUCGCUAGGCUUCCUGUCCCUUUCGCCCAGGAUCCACCAUGGCUAACCCAAUGUAUCACGCAAUGGGUCAGGCUGGCUAUGACCCCUCCAACCCCCAAGCUCCUCAACACCCCCCUCAAUCAUCACAGCCAUACUCUGCCGCUGGUUACGCCCCGGGUGCUGUUCCUCCACAGCCAGGAGCUGGCCAUGCCCACCCUGCGCCAAAUCAGUGGUCGGCAUACGGCUCUCCUCAGCCGCCCUACCAGGCCCAGAGCCCCGAUGCUGCAUACAAUGCCGCGCAGCAAGCACCAGGAGGUGCCGCUGGAGAUCCCAAUAUGGCUGGACUGGCCUCGCAGAUGAGUGGAUUGGGGAUUGCAACCGAUACUGGAGCUAGGGCACACCGAAAGAAGCACCGUCAUGCCUACCAUGACAUCGGAACCGGCUCAGCUGCUGCCGCCGCGUCGGGCUUCAACAACGCAGUGUCCCCCGCGGGAGGCGUGCAACCAACCGCUCAAUUCCUUAACACUGGUCUGAACCAAAGUCCGCCUUCGGUGGCUCCUGGUGGAGUUCCUCAGCCUGCACUCUCUGCGCCGGGAAUCACCUCGCAACCUGGAAUGCCCAGUGGUGCGGGCUCGGUACCCACGCAAGGUCGGAUUGACCCUGAACAGAUCCCCAGCAUUCCUCGAUCCCGAGACCUGCCUGCCCAGUAUUAUUUCAACCAUGUCUACCCGACGAUGGAUCGGCAUCUACCUCCCCCUGCCUCAAUUCCGUUCGUUGCUCAUGAUCAGGGCAACUCGUCGCCCAAGUACGCCCGCCUGACGCUCAACAACAUCCCCUCGACCUCCGAUUUCCUCUCCUCCACUGGCCUCCCUCUAGGCAUGAUCCUACAGCCGCUCGCACCACUGGACCCUGGAGAACAACCAAUUCCCGUGCUGGACUUCGGGGAUGUUGGCCCCCCACGCUGCCGACGAUGCCGCACAUACAUCAACCCAUUCAUGUCAUUCCGGGCUGGUGGCAGCAAAUUUGUCUGCAACAUGUGCACAUUCCCCAAUGACACGCCCGCCGAGUACUACGCGCCUUUGGAUCCCAGUGGUGCGCGUGUGGAUCGUAUGCAACGACCGGAGUUGAUGAUGGGCACAGUCGAGUUUUUGGUGCCCAAGGAAUACUGGAAUAAGGAGCCCGUGGGCCUCCGCACUCUGUUCUUGAUCGAUGUCAGCCGCGAAUCGUCACACCGUGGCUACUUGAAGGGUAUCUGUGCGGGUAUCGCAGAAGCUUUGUAUGGCGAGGAUGGGGAGGUUGAUGGCUCCGAAGGCGAUGAAUCCAAGGCCCGCAAGCUCCCUCCCGGCGCAAAGGUUGGCAUUGUCACUUACGACAAGGAGGUGCAAUUUUAUAACCUCACGGCAACAUUGAACCAAGCGCAAAUGAUGGUGAUGACCGACCUAGAAGAACCGUUUGUACCCCUCAGCGAGGGUCUCUUUGUUGAUCCCUACGAAUCCAAAUCCGUCAUCUCAUCUCUUCUAGCCCGGAUACCCACCAUUUUCUCACAUAUCAAGAACACCGAGUCAGCAUUGCUUCCUACUUUGAAUGCCGCCCUCUCGGCGCUGCAGCCAACGGGAGGCAAGAUUGUCUGCGCGCUGGCAAGCCUGCCGACGUGGGGCCCUGGAAAGCUGUCAGAGCAACGCGAUGACAGGAGCCUGCACGGAACGGAUGGAGAGCGCAAGUUGUACACCACUGAAGAUGCGGCAUGGAAGAAGACUGCUAGCAAAAUGGCCGAAGCAGGUGUUGGUGUGGACUUCUUCAUUGCGUCUCCUGGUGGCGCGUACACGGAUGUGGCGACAAUUGGUCAUGUGGCAGCGCUCACUGGAGGCGAGACUUUCUUCUACUCUAACUUCCACGCUCCUCGCGAUGUUCUUAAGGUGCGGAAGGAGUUGGCUCACGCUAUCACCCGAGAGACUGGUUACCAGUGUUUGAUGAAGGUCCGGUGCUCGAACGGUCUUCAAGUUUCCUCUUACUUUGGCAACUUUGUACAACACGCUCUGGGCGCCGACCUUGAGAUUGGCAGCGUCGAUGCGGAGAAGGCUAUUGGUGUUCUCUUCAGCUACGAUGGGAAAUUGGAUCCCAAGUUGGAUGCUCACUUCCAGGCCGCUUUGCUCUAUACCUCUGCAGAUGGCCAACGUAGAGUCCGGUGUAUCAACGUGGUGGCCGCUGUCAAUGAAGGUGGCAUGGAGACGAUGAAGUUUGUCGACCAGGAUGCUAUUGUGGCAGUCAUCGCCAAAGAGGCUGCCUCCAAGACACUCGACAAGAGCCUCAAGGACAUUCGUGCCAGCAUUUCAGAAAAGACGGUUGAUAUUUUCAGCGGAUAUCGCAAGAUCUUCUCGGGGUCACACCCGCCUGGGCAACUGGUUUUGCCUGAGAAUUUGAAGGAGUUCUCGAUGUAUAUGCUGAGCCUGGUAAAGUCCAGGGCAUUCAAGGGUGGCAACGAAGCAAUCGACCGCCGAGUCCACGAUAUGCGCAUGAUCCGCUCAAUUGGCUGCACAGAAAUGUCUCUAUACCUGUAUCCCCGCAUCAUUCCCAUCCACAAUAUGCAACCGGAAGAUGGCUUCCCCAACGAGCAUGGGCAGCUCCAAGUCCCGCCAGCCAUCAGGGCAAGCUUCGCCAAGGUGGAGGAGGGCGGUGUCUAUAUUGUGGACAAUGGUCAGGCCAUUCUCCUCUGGCUGCACGCACAGGUCUCGCCCAAUCUGCUUGAGGAUCUGUUCGGUCCCGGACACAACUCGCUCCAGGAGCUGAACCCCAACAUGUCAUCGUUGCCCGUCUUGGAGACACAUCUCAACGCACAAGUGCGGAACUUGUUGCAGUACUUCUCUACAGUACGCGGAUCCAAGGCCGUGACCAUCCAAUUGGCCCGACAAGGCCUCGACGGGGCGGAGUAUGAGUUUGCUCGGCUACUGCUGGAGGAUCGGAACAACGAAGCCCAAAGCUACGUGGACUGGCUGGUGCAUGUGCACCGGCAAAUCAACUUGGAGUUGGCCGGUCACCGCAAGAAGGAAGAGUCCAAUGGCGACAGUACAUUGGCCAACCUCUCGGCUAUGCGAUCACCAAUGUGGUAAAGGAGCGAGAGAACGGGAAUCGUCCCGGCCUAGGCUUCCAGGUAUAGUCUUGAGGCAUCUUACCCGGGGUCAGCCAGCGCGGGCUUCCUUUGGCCUUUCCCCGGCAUCCAUUGCCUCCGCUCUAGGCCCCCUCUCCUCUCUGAGGACCCGAUCGGACCGUAUGGACACACCAGAUCCCUGUCUACGAAAAAGGAACGGAGAAAAUCAGCCCCGAAGCAGGAAGGUGACUCCAGUGGCUGUGUGAUGGUGGAGUGGAGCCCACCACCAGCCAGGCAGGCGGGGGUGAGUGCCACAGAAGGGCGUGAGGUUGGAGCAGUCGUUCUGUACACAGUAGUAUACCAAAUAGUUUCUAUCAUGUCAUCGUUCUGGAUCAGCAUUUACUAUUUCCUAUUAAUGCGAAUGAUGAGUACUGUUCAUGCCCGUGACGAGUUUGCCAUCGACCCAUCCCCGGCCCACCACGAUGUUUGAGGCGAAGAUUAACAAUCACCUUUCUCUAACUAACUUAUUCAACAG